UGUCCUGAAGAUAGAAUUGAUCGAUCGAUCGAGGUUGAAGAAGGGAAAAAAAGAAAGAAGAUGAAGCCAUCGCCGGUGGACUACUUUGGAGAAUUUGACGAUCCUAAUUCAACGAUGGCCAUGGACGUCGAUGAUAUCGAUGCGCUUGAGUUUUUCGGAGACGGAUCUAUCGCCAUCGACAACAAGCUCGCUGACGCCGACUUCUUCAACGCCUUCGAGGACGACUUUGACGACUCCGACAUCAGUUGAACUUCCAUUUUCCAUCUCUGUAUGUGUGGGAUUGCUUUCCUAUAAAAUUCCAUCUUGUUUUGGAUUUGUUGUCCUCUCUAUCAAAUUAGGGCAUUUUAUUCUAACUGUUCCAUUUUGGGAUAUUAUCUUCUUCUCGUCUAGGGUUUUAAUUCGUAUGUUCAGCUUUGUUUCUUCUGCCA